AUGGACAACAUCUCAGAAAGUGUCUUCACAGAGGUCCCGACAACGGAAGAGGUUGUCGACAACCCUUCAUUGUUGACUGUGAUCUUCGAGUUGACCCCCAAAAGUUGGUAUGCUAUCCGUGACCAGAUCACUAUCCAAGAAAUCACACAGGCACUUUUGGUGCUUCUCAAUGCCCAUUUGGCGCUCAACAACAGCAACCAGGUGGCGUUCAUCGCAUCGCUGCCGUCUGGAUCGAAAUUUUUGCAUCCGAAUUUGGAGAAUCUGUUCGAUGAUCACGAGACAAGACCAGAAUCUCAUUUGGUCAAUAAGGAAAUGUACAGACAGUUUCGAAUAGUGGACGAAACGGUACUCCGAGAACUCAAUGCUGAGCUUAUUCGUAUUACUCAGAAUCCUGAGAAGCAAAAUUUGUCCACGUUAGGUGGAGCCCUUCUGAUGGCUCUAACCUACACGAACAGAAUGCUCCAUGUGGACCAGUCCAUCUCUACCACCACUGCAUCAGCGAUAAAUUCUACAACAAAUAAGGCACAGAACUCAUCGUCUGCAAAUGGUCAGACCACCACGAUUCUGACGACGUCCAUGGACUCGAGGGUGCUUAUCAUCACAGCCAACGAUACUUACGAUAACAACUACAUUGCCAUUAUGAACUCGAUUUUCGCAGCACAGAAGAUGAAAUUGUCAAUCGAUGUGGCCAAACUCGGCGUACAAGACUCUCCAUACCUUCAGCAGGCAGCAGAUGCCACCAAUGGAGUGUAUCUUCAUAUUCGAGAACCACAGGGCCUUAUCCAGACACUUUCGACUGCAUUUUUCAUUGAGCCUUCCAUUCGGUCACUAGUGAUCUUACCAGCCAACUCCAAUGUUAACUACAAGGCCAGCUGCUUUAUCACAGGAAAAGCCGUGGACAUUGGUUACGUGUGUUCUGUGUGUCUAUGUAUCAUGAGUUUGAUUCCCGAGCUGGGCGAAUGUCCCACGUGCAAGUCGAAAUUUGACGAGGAUUUCUUGAAGAAGCUUCGGAGAGGGCCAGUGAUUGCACGAAAGAAACGGAAAGUGGACGAGAAUGGAGAGAAAGAAAAAACCGCAGAAGCAUGA